AUGCUAUCAAAGGAUAUGGAAGAGGAGUGCUUGGCCCAGGAAAUUGGCGGAGCCGCUACUACUCGUAGAACAGAGCUAUCCACAAACGACAAGUUCUUCCACUAUUUCCAAGAGGAAGUGGCUAGGAUUGGAGAAAGAAUCAGCAGCCUUCACACCACACCUACGGUAGCGGGUGAACAAGUCAGCGCUGCUGAUUAUUGCUUGGCGGACAUUUCACGGCUGUCGGAUGAAGUCAAAAAUGCAUCCACUUACAUACCAAGUUAUGACCAACGGGUAUACGCAGUGGCUAUAAAGUCUCUUCAGGAGAAAUUCGCAGAUGCAAAAGAGGCGAUUGCUCCUCGUAAACGAUUUGCAUUCAAGCGAUCCCGUCAAAAUACUCCUAUCAAGAACACGACUGAUGAAAUAAUGCAAGAUAUUGUCUCAGCGCCUUCGACACCGGCUCCGAACACUGGUCCGGAGCCAAAUACACAAACCACCCAAGCUGAGCCCAAAAGCAGUAAUACUAACAUGGAGCCUGAUGCAGCUAUGGCAGUAGAUGGAGGGGACGAAGGAAAACAGGCAGAAGAGGAAGCAGCAAAAGAAGGAGAAGAGCAGCAGCAAGAAGAAAAGGAGGAGGAGGAGGAGCAACCGGCAAAUGCACCCGUGAUAUCAUACAACCAGAUCCAAGACUCAUAUAUCAUCCUACCUGACUCUGCUCCAGUUCAAAACAUCUCGCUCUCGCUGCAGGGCAUUCAGCAGUCCGUCAUCGACAUGUCCUCGAUCCCCGAAACAGGCCGUUCGUUCUCUACCUGUCUACUGCGCGACGCAUGCGACAGUCUACUGAUAUGCGGCAAAGUCGACGGGCCAGCAUACAUCAGUGACGUUAUUGAUUCCGUGGUGGUGGUAACAUGCCAUCAAUUCCGAAUGCACCAGUGCAGUAAUGUAAUUGUUUACUUGAGCUGUGCUACAAAUCCGAUCAUCGAGGGGUGCAUGGAUAUAAAAUUCAGUCCGCUACCAGAGGCGUUCAGACAGUCUGGGCAGAAUGGGAAGAAGGCUGAUAAAUGGUCUUCUGUGGAGGAUUUCAAUUGGUUGAGGCCCGAGCCUAGUCCGAACUGGAGCGUGUUGAAAGAUGAGUAUACGGUUGAUAACCGUGUAUGGGGGCGCAUCUUGGGGGAUAAGCAGAGAAUGAUGCUGCGAAGGGUUCUGGAGGUGACGGGAGUGACUAGGCUUAUUAAUUAG